AUUAAGAAUUUAAAUCAAAAUGGAGAAAUAUUUGUUUAAUUCUUGAUUGACUCUGCGUGUUACUUCAAUUCAAUAAGUGUUCAUUUUAUUUUAUUUAAGUUUGAAUAUACUUACUAUUUCGUGAUUACUAUUACUAUAACAUUAAAAUACCGUGCAGUGGUUAAAAAAUAUUCACGCCUUCAGUUAUAGGUUAUGUUGAAUAACCUCAUGCUUCUGCUGGAAAAGUACUAAAGUACUAAAAAUGUCUGAGAACAACACCAACACGUCCACUGCCUCGUCUUUGAUUAAAAAAUGGGAAGAGGAACAUUCGCAACCGAAUUACGAUCCAGUUCCUACGCUGACAAAGUUGGCUGAAAUUGUUGAAAUAGAGACUGAAAAUUAUAUUAAAAUGGAUCCGGAUCCUUUCGAUGAACGACAUCCAUCCAGGACGGAUCCUCAAUGUGUUCUAGGUCAGGUUCUAAAAGCUAUAUUUAAGAAAGAUAAUUUCACUAGCAAGUUAAUUAACGAUUAUUUAAGAGAUACAUUUUAUUCGAGGAAUAAUAUUAUUAGGGAUAUCGAUCAGUUGAAUAUUGCUGCUUGUCGGUUAAUGUUGGAUAUUAUGCCAGGAUUAGAUACUACAGUGGUAUUUCAGCCGGAAUCUGAUAAUUUAAUAUUACGAUUAGUGAAAUGGGUAACGAAUUCUAUAGAACCCCUACAAAGUUACGCGACAGGUUUGCUCGGAGCGGCGAUGGAAAUACCCGAAAUAGCCGCCCGGUUUAGGGAACAAAACAGCAAAUUGGUGCCUCUGUUACUCCAAAGGUUGCGAAGGUUGAAAAACAGUUCAGAAUUCGUCACCAAUACCAGCAUAAACACAUCCAGACCUUUUGCGCAUUUGUCCGUUUUGAAAUCUCCCCCUUAUCGAAGCGAAGGACUUUUAAAAUCUCCACCACCUUCGUUUCAGUCGAAGAAAAGUAAAGAAAAUGGCGUGGUAACUCCAGCGGAAAAUUUAGUCAACGAAAGUCCAUCAACAACUAGUCCAUUGUCGCAAGAGAACGAUAGGAAACGAAAGAAGAGCGAAGGUACUCCGAAUUCGAGGCACGAAUUUGUGGAAACCCCGGAGAAACGUUUGAGGUUAGACGAAAACGUACUCUCGGAACCCGUUUACUUGGGAAGCCCGCAAAAAACCAACAACCUAUUCACCGAGCACAGCAAUUCCUCCUGGGCGGAAUUGGAGAAUUUCAUGAUAGGUACUGUACAAAUUUUCCCACCCACCAUCGCAACCAGACAAAUUUUGAUAUUGAGGUAUUUAACGGCGAUGGGCGAUCACCAGGAGUUCCUCAGCCACGUGUUCGAACACGACGCCUUGGAAUUGAUCUUGUGUUACGUGAACGUGAGGCAAACGAAAGAAGCGCGUUUGGCCUUUGAAGCUUUAAAAUAUCUCUCGGCCCUUUUGUGCCACAAGAAAUUUUCUAUUGAAUUCAUACAAUGCAAAGGUUUGGAAGUCUUGUUGGAGAUCCCCCGACCUUCCAUAGCCGCCACGGGCGUUUCGAUGUGCUUCUACUACCUCGGUUACUGCGAAGAAGCGAUGGAACGAGUGUGCUUGUUGCCUAAAUAUAUCGUGAGCAGUCUCGUAAAAUACGCUCUGUGGUUGCUGGAAUGCGCCCACGAUUCGGGAAGGUGUCAAUCGAUCAUGUUUUUCAGCUUAACAUUCCAAUUUAAAGUUAUUCUCGAGGAAUUCGAUUGUCAGGAUGGCUUGAGGAAGCUUCACAACGUGAUAUCUACGUUGCCUAUAUUGUUUCCGGAUUGGGAUACGCUGCAAAUGAACGAAGAACAAGAAGGGGCUUACAGGCAAAUCGUCCGGCACGUUUGCGUGGCGUUCCGUCGCUAUCUAGAAGCCCAUCUCUACUUAAAAGUAGAGGCUUUGAGGAGAUCCCAGAUGAGGCCGAACGAGAAACCCGCCGUACCGGUACCGGUUUUACCAUCGUACAAAGCUUGCAAAUCGUCGCCCGAAGAAAUCCAACAGCAAAUCGAGAUGCUCUUCCAGAACAUGCCUUAUCGAAGCCACUGGGCGCCCAUCGAUCAAUUGCUCAAACUCGGCGCCGUCACGUUGCUGUUGAAGAUCAUCGCGUUCGCCUACGAAUGGAACUACAGCGGUCGAGCGGAGACCGUCCGCAGCGCCUUAGACGUGCUGGCUAUCUCCUGCGUGAUGCCCAAGGUGCAAUCGUUGUUCUGCGAACGCGUCGAUUUGCCCGAGGAAACGUUGACCGUAGGUCCUUUUCAAGGUAUAAAUAUUAUACUUGGAGCCGCCGAGGGGGAGAUCGUGGCGGACGCGGACGUGCAAAAGGCGGCGCUGCGCGUCAUCGGCAAUUGCGUUUGCGCCCCCAUACACAGGGUGGGAGGUUUGUUGGGAAGAUUUUCGACUUGCAACACGACGAAUUCGCCCAAUAAGAAGCUGAAGUACAAGAGCAGCGAGGAUUUGAUACAGAAAGUGUGGGAUUCCGUUCGAGCGAAUAGCGGUAUUAUGGUGUUGUUGCAGCUGAUGCAGAUCAAAACGCCCAUCACCGAUGCGGAUUGCAUCAGAACCUUGGCUUGUAAAGCUUUGGCCGGUUUGGCGAGAUCGGACACCGCCCGGCAGAUUAUAUCCAAAUUGCCUCUGUUUACUAGCGGGCAGUUGCAGAAUUUAAUGCGGGAUCCGAUAUUGCAAGAAAAACGCCAGGAGCACGUACUAUUCCAAAAAUACGCCUUAGAAUUACUAGUUUUGUUAUCGGGCAAAGGAAAGCAUACGGACACUAACAUCGAAGCGUCUCUAGCCAAUAUACACAAGGCGAACGUGGUGGCUCAAACGAAGAUCCAGUUCUACGACAAGCAAUUGUUGCAGUUGAUCCAUCACCAUUUGGUGCAGAAGGGCUUCGCCGAAACGGCCGGCAUGUUGGUGAAAGAGGCCAAUUUGGCCAACGCCAUCACAUCGUUGGGCACCCAACAUCCCACCAAAUUCAGAUAUUCUUCCACGCUGACUCCUUCCAGGGGGGUGAGACUAUCGUUUUCAUCGCCCAGAACUCUACCGUCUGCGAGUGCAGCAGAAACCGCACCGAAUACAUCAACAGUAAUAUGCCAAACUCCUCCAAGCUCUACUAUUAAAAUUAUCAAGAAACCGUUGCCGUUAUUACCGACGACUCCCACGCACAAUUCGCGUCUACAGAAACAAAUCAACGGGGAGCCACACAUUUGGAGCGCCGUGCAAGAGGACUGUUCGGCGCCAUCGGAACCCCCUCGGGUCACCUUGGAUUCCAUCAUAACCGAGUACCUGACGAACCAACACGCCUUGUGCAAAAACCCGAUGGCGAUGUGUCCGCAAUUCAAUCUAUUCGUUCCGCACAAGUGCCCGGAUCCGAAGCCCAGGGUGUUGACGGCUAACAAUUUCGCGAUGAGAAGCGUCCGACAGCAGAUCGGCAGCCACUCCAGGACGAUGGACAGGAAGUUCGUGCAUUCGAGGUUUUGUCCCGUGCAAACCAUUCGAUCCACCACCGACGAAGGGUUCUUUACCUGCGCCAAAUUCAUGCCUGGCGAUAAAACUCUAGCUGUGGGCGAUUACAACGGCGGUAUACAUCUCAUCGAUCUUCACAAAGGCAACGAAAUCAACAUGUUCACAGCGCACGAUCAUUACAUCGUCCAUUUGGAAUUGAACAGGCCCGGGAAUUUGAUGUUGACGAGCUGCACGUGGGGCAAACCCAUAUCGGCCCUGUGGGACAUGAAAACCUUCGAAAUGAAAUUGCCGUUCGAUUACGAGCACGUGGAAUUCAGCAAGGUCACCCAAGAAAAGAUCAUCGGCACCCGAGGAGAAGUGGCUACGAUAUUCGACAUAAACACCGGGCAAUCCAUCAUGGAAUUGAUACCGCGAACGACCAACCAGUACUCGAAGAACCGGGCGACUUUCAGCUACAACGACGAAUUGGUACUAUCCGACGGUGUCAUAUACGAUGUGGCUUCGGGCAAAGCGAUGCACAAAUUGGACAAAUUGAAUCAGACGCAAAGCGGAGUGUUCCAUCCCAACGGGCUCGAAAUCAUAUCGAACACCGAAGUGUGGGAUAUAAGAACGUUUCAUUUGCUGAGAACCGUGCCGGUGUUGAAUCAAUGCUCCGUGGUGUUUUCGCCCGUGAAUACAGCCAUUUACGCCUUUUCCUUGGAACAGGAAAUGGACGAUGGCGAUUCUACGUUUGAUACCAGUUUCAAAACGGUCGAUGCUAACGAUUAUUCCAGCAUAAGUACUUUUGACGUAAAGAAGAGCAUAUACGAUUUGUCGUGUAACCGUUACGAUACGCAAAUAGCGAUAGUCGAAAACCAAGGGAUGUACAAUUCGAUACAGGAGUCCGUUUUGAGAGUGUACGAUGUAGGUAGGCAGAGAGAUGAUGAGGAUGAACAAGAAGAGGAAGACGACGAGGAAGAUGACAUGGACGGAGACGGAAGUGAUGAUGAUAAUUCCGAUGGUGACGACGGAGAUAACGAUAAUAAUGAUAAUAAUGAGAACAACGGAGAUGAUAAUGACGAUAAUGAUGAUGAUAUCGAAAGUGAUUCGGAGAGUUGGACGAGUUUAUCAACCGAUUCGUUAGAUAGGCUGCUCUUUGAGUUCUGAGGCAAAUCCAAAAUUAUUUUGGUAAAUACUUGUAAAUCAAAAUACCAAAUAGUUGUUUAGAUAAAAUCGUUUAUUUGUGUGAUCAUUUUCUAAAUGUAAGUAUAUAAUAUAGUGAGUUUAUUUAGGUCUAUUUUAUGUUUAUUUUUUAUUGAAUAAAUUUAUGAAAUCUAGAGUUUAGGCACAAUAAUUUAAUUUCAUACAUUGUUCAAGAAACAUCUACUAACGAAUCGAAUGCAGUUUACUUUCAUUAGUUCCUAAAUUUUCAAUUUUUGUAUUGUACUUCAAAUUGUAAAAAGUUCAUAAAG